AUGAGUGGGUUCUCGGCAGAAGGUUCCAAGCAACUUAUUGUCAGCAAAUUGGAAAACUGGACUAUUCAACUGAACAACCAUGAUGCAAUCGAUAAUGCGUUGGAUGCCAUUGAAAGAAACCCUGUCGCAGCCAAGGUGAAUUUGAUGCUGAAACAGAAGGGUCGUACUUCAAAUGGCACCCGAUUGACACAUUCUCAGGCCGUCCGUUUGGUACACUUGGUAAAAUCUAAAAAUGGCGUCGACUGGUCGCUGCUAUCCCUGAAUUUCACCUCUGAAUGCCCCCAUUUACUGUUUUGUACAACGCAACUUGCUCCGUUGUUUUCGAAAAUCAGCGCCUCGGCCCAUGACCGUGCCACGCAAUCUUCCAAUUACCUUCCUCUACUGACAGCAAAUUCUAUUCUCAAUGCACUACAGUAUGGAAAUCGCCUCCGAGAGCUCUCGUUGUGGCAUUGCAUCAUUCAAGAAGACAGAAUGGAACUGUUGAGCCAGGGAAUCCAAUCGAACUCUUGUCCGUUGCGUUCCUUGCAGCUAUACGACGUCGAAUGUGAUGAUUCUGUGCAUGUCGAAAACGAGAACUGCAGAAGUGAACACUUUUUAUUGGCACUGGCGAAGAAUACCACACUGGAAGAUGUCAGUUUCAUGAAUUCCUUCACAUCAACCCAAGAUGUUACUUUGGUUGACCUCGUGUACCGGAUGUCAAAUACUCAGAAGCCAAGAUGGAAAACACUAUGCUUGGAGGGUGCCGAUUUAGAAAAAUCUGCACAGGUGCAGGACCAAACUGUGGUGCUUGUGGAUAGUUUGACACAUAUGUUGGGCCACCAGCAAUGCAGCAUUGUUGAACUGUCCCUCCACGGGUGCAGCCUCGGAGUACAUUACAAUGUACAUGGACGAACCAUGCUCCAAUCGCUAAUGCUGGGCCUCCAAGAAAACUCCUCCGUUCAAGUGCUGAGUUUGGAUAACAAUGGAUUUGAUUUUGCAGACUUGAAGUACAUCCUAGAUGGUAUUGUUGGGUGUCGCAACCUUCGUGAGCUCGAAUUAAGCGAGGAAGAUUUGUCCUUCAAUGAAAAAGAUAAAGAAAACAUGACUUGGCUGACGAAUAGUCGCAUUGUGCUACCUCAUCCUCGCACAGAACUCAGGAAGCUUUGGAUUUUCGAUCACCUCCCGUAUCGCAGCAUCUAUGAUGAUGACGAGGAUGAUGGUGACGAUUUUGAUUGUUAUGAUGACGAUGCUUAUGCAUAUGCAUAUGCUCAUUCUCAUGCUUACGACGCUUACGAUGCUUUUCGUGAUGCUGAUAGUUCCGGCACAUGUGAUCGUUCCAUGAGUGAUACCAAAUUAGAAGAAGCUCUACUGCCGCUCUUGUUGCACAAUCCCUUGAUUUAUGAACUUGGUGGCUACGGAGUGAACUGGAAAGAGAUGCCACGGGCGGCAGAACUCUUGGAUCUGAACCAGUGUGUUGGGCCCCUUCGUGCACCACUUCCACUAGAGCAAGGCCAAGGAGCUGAUGAGGCGAGUCAUCUGUCUCGCAUACCACGAUCCCUCUGGCCCGUUGUAUUGGAACGUACGAAUAACACUUUGAAGGACCCAGCAAGAUGCGCAAAUGUUGUAUAUCAUAUUCUGAAACAAGGACCAGGACUGUUGGACUAUUGA